CUUCCUCUCUCUCUGCUCUACCUUUGCCCCAACUCUUCUUCUUUUUUUUUUUUGUGUUGUACAACGUACGACAUCCUCGAUACCAGCUGUGUCGCGAGUGAUUUGAACCCCCCCCUUACCUUGCACUCAUAAAAGGAGAGGGAACCCUACAACACUUUACACACCCCGCCGUUUAACCCAUCUUGUGUGCAAGAGCUUCUCUCCUCGACCAAAUUAUCCGCAACAAUGAGCAACAAUCAAGAUCGAGACCGUGGUGCUUCUCCAAAUAGCAAUUACCCGACUACUCCUGGUACCGCGUACCAGCAAACUUAUGGAGGUCAGCCGCCGCAGCAAGGAGGUUAUUUCCCUCAGCAACAGCAGCAGCAGUUCGGUAAUGCUCUGUACAAUAAUCCACAAUACCCUCAGCAACAGCAGUAUCAACAGUUUCAGACUCAGACUCAGCAGCUUUAUCAGCAGCAGGGACAAGGUUAUGAUGCAAACGGGCUUGCACACCAGUUGCAAAAUCAACAUUUAAGCGCACGCCAGGGCAAUCAGAACAAUCCACCGGGCUCUCCGCAGGGUCAACGACCACGUACAUCCGGUUCUUUACAGGCUUCUGGGAGCUUGAAAGAUGAUUACGUUGUCUUUCUUCGAGAUGAUAGCACUUUCAGUUCGUCCACAAGGGAGAGAGCGAAAGCACUCAAAGUCAAGGUGGAGCUUCACUAUAAUCAGAGUGUUGCGUAUGCCGUAGAGAGAAAUCAAAGACGUGUUGAGCUUGAACAGGAUAUCCUAGGCGAAGGCAAGAUGUCCGAGGAGCGAAAAAAACGUCGUCGUCAACAUCUCGGGAAACAAGAGUCAUCAUUCCUACGGCUCCGCCGGAUGCGCCUUCAUGCCGAUGAUUUUGUAACUGUCAAGGUUAUUGGCAAGGGGGCAUUUGGUGAAGUUCGCCUGGUACAGAAGCGAGACACUGGGAAAAUUUAUGCGAUGAAAACUUUACUUAAGUCGGAAAUGUUUAAGAAAGAUCAAUUAGCGCACGUGAAGGCUGAGAGAGACGUUCUAGCUGAUUCUGAUUCUCCGUGGGUGGUCAAUUUGUUCUACUCUUUCCAGGACGCUGUAUAUCUGUACCUGAUCAUGGAGUUCUUGCCUGGUGGGGAUUUAAUGACUAUGCUCAUUAAAUACGAAAUAUUUAGUGAGGAUGUUACAAGGUUUUAUAUGGCUCAAUGUGUUCUGGCGAUUGAGGCAGUUCACAAGCUUGGCUUUAUUCACCGCGAUAUCAAACCGGAUAAUAUUCUCAUUGACAAAGAUGGGCAUAUAAAACUUUCAGAUUUUGGUCUUUCGACUGGUUUUCACAAGACCCAUGACCAAAAAUACUAUCAGCGUUUGAAAUCUCGUAGACUUAUGGCAUACUCUACGGUCGGAACUCCUGAUUACAUUGCGCCAGAGAUUUUCCUUAAUAAAGGAUACGGUCAAGAAUGUGAUUGGUGGAGCUUGGGAACAAUUAUGUUCGAAUGUUUGGUUGGGUGGCCACCUUUCUGUGCCGAAGACGCCCAUGAGACAUACAGGAAGAUUGUCAACUGGCAGACCCAACUUUACUUUCCGGAGGAAAUUAUUCUCAGUCCUGAGGCGGAAGAUCUCAUCAGAGGAUUAAUUACUUCGGCGGAUCAGAGAUUGGGAAAGCGUGGCGCAGACGAGAUUAAGGCACAUCCUUUUUUCAAUGGCGUGAAUUGGGACAGCUUAAGAUCAAUUGAGGCCCCGUUUAAACCCAAUUUGUCAUCCAUUACUGACACAUCCUAUUUCCCGACUGAGGAGCUGGAGAAUGUGCCGACCGCCCCUGCACUUGCAGCUGUCAUGUCCGAGGGAAGUUCACAGCCAUUGGCAAUUGGUGAGGAAACCGGUUUGCCGUUCAUCGGUUACACUUACAAGAGAUUUGAACAUCUCAGGAAGAGCGGUGGCCUCUAA